CCAAGGAGCGGCCGAGUGCAGCGGCGGAGCGGUGCCGUAGAAGGCCUGUUCCGACACCAUGUCUAUACCAUUCUCAAACACCCAUCACCGCAUUCCGCCGGGAUUUGCAAAUCUGCUAGAAGGACUAGCCAGAGAAGUUUUGAGGGAGCAGCCUGAAGAUAUACCAGCCUUUGCAGCCAACUAUUUUGAAGAGCUGCUGGAUAAAAGAGAAAAAACCAAGUUUGACCCAGCAGAAUGGGGGGCUAAACUAGACGACAGGUUCUACAACAACAAAGCUUUUGAGGAGGCCGUAUCUUUGCAAGAAGAGGUGAAGGAGUCGAAGAAAGAUUCAUCCCUGGAGCCCGAGCUUGACAAACACAGCCUCUUUGAAACAACCACCCAUGAAAUAGAAGAUAAAGCUGCCACAAAAAUCCAGGCUGUCUACAGGGGAUACAGGGUAAGAGAGACAGUGAGGAGACUGAAAGAACUAGGUCAGGAUGCAACGAACCCCACGGAAGAAAUCUAA